GUCGCCAUAGCAACUCUCAAUGUUCCAAUAUAAAUCGUUCCUUCGUCUUCAUUUUGACAAUUCUAUCAUUUCAUCUUAUUGUUUCGAUCAAGCGAAGCUAAAAAAAUCCACAGCUUCAACCAAACGCGAAUAUAUACCAAUUUAUUUAAUAUUAAUAGACAAACGUAUCAGAUCUUAUAUACAGAAACAAUGGCUUUCCUUGUUAACAACAAAUGUCAAUACAGCGGUUGUGGUGAAAAGUUUGGUAGUCUGGCUGAAUGGAUUCAGCAUGUAGAGCGUGUCCAUGAUGUGAUAAUGCCAAUAGGUCCUCCGGAUCAUCGCAUCAACAACGGACCACGUCUCCACCCAUCCGUGGCUCCAGUAAACUGCAAUAAUUGUGAGCCUCCAAUUCAGUUGUUGAAUGCAAAUGGAUAUGAUGGUGCUGGUCCAUCAUCGCAGUCCGUGUUAGCAACUGCUACUGUUAAUAGUAACGCAAAUACACCAUUUCAGGUACCAACGGUUUCGACAAACAGCAAUAAUUGUCCACCACCGUUUCAGUCGGUCGUUGCACAAGCAAAGCGCGGUUUUAUUCCCAAGAUGCAUUUAAUGGAAAUAGUUGGUAAUCAAGAUGCUGGAUCAUUUGAGAACGAUGACAUGCCAUCAUCAUCAUCGGCGGUAAAGCGAAAAAGUAAUAGUUCUAAAAUCUCAUACUCAAAGAAGAGAAUCUCAUCUAUUAACCGUAAUGUUGAGCCAUCCAUGGCAAAGACAAAUGAUGUUCCAACACAACCAACCUCUACAUCACCUCCUCCAAUAUUUAACGAAAGUACACAUAUUGCCUUGAGUAAUUUGACUCCGGAUGAAAUUGUCCAAAACUCGGUUCUAAGGGCAGAUCACUCGCAAUUGAAGCCAUUUCCUUGUCCCAUUCCAGGGUGCAACAAACGAUAUAAACAUUUAAAUGGUAUAAGAUACCAUUCGGAGUUGUAUGAAAGAGAGUUGGAAAAAAAUGCAGAUGAACAUAAAUCGGAUUAAUAACAAUGGUCUGCAACAACAACGACACCUUGGAGAAACGUCGAUGAAGAAAUGGAACAUGUAUAAGAGUAUUUUUGAGUUAACUCAUUUUUGAGUUUGUGUUUAAUAAGGUUUCACGGGUCUCUAAUAAUAUAUUAUUACUUUU